UGAUUAUUCUUUUCCAAAAGUACAAUCACAAAUCCCUGCUGCCGUUCCGGCUUCGUCCCCUUUCCUCAUCGAAGGGAAUAGCCAUAGAAAUAAAGCAAUCAAAUCCCGCAAAACCCACAUAAGAUGUAAUCCCCCAGAAACCUUGCGCAGAAUACCAUCACCCAUUUCAAAUAUCAAUGGAUUACUCCUCCUAUGACUACUACCAACAGCAACCACAGCAGCAGCAGCAAGCAGCUCCCGACCCAUCUCAAAUUCAAGCAGCAUAUGAUCAAUCAUCCCAGCCUUACUAUUCCUAUGCCCACCAAUUUAACCAAAGCUACAAUUACUACCCUCCUUCCCAUGACUUCGCCUCCACCAAUUCUUAUGCCCAUCAAUCCCUAUCCCAAUUCCAGCCAGCCGACGAACCCACUACCUCCAUUCACCCUCCGGGUGUCCCGGUGCCGACCCAGCAGCCGAUCCAUUUGCAGAGUCAGCAGAAUGCCUAUUACCCACCACAAGUGACUGUGGAAAAUCCGCAACAAGUGAAUUCUGUGGUGGCUACGAUGUCGCAGCUCCUGCAGUUAGGCGGUAAUUUGGACACAACGCAACGGGCUGUGCACCCUCCGAUUGGGCAUUCUCCAUAUAGAGUUGGAGGUAGAAGGGGUGGUAAGCCCUUCAGAGGGGGUGGUCGGGGCCAUUUUGGCACAAGACCAGAUGGCUCAGCACCCCCUUUUCGUGGCAGGGGACGUGGUCAGGGUGGUGGUAGGCACUUCUCGCCACAAGGUGCUGCAGCGACUACAUCUACAGCAUCCACACUAGCUGAAGGUGUAGCAGCUUCAAUGCAGCAACCUUCAGCAUCAGUCUCUGGACAGGCAUCAUUGCCUGUACCAGCACAAGUGCCUGCUGCUCCAUUCUGGCCACCUCCCCGUAUGGCAUGGUGUGAACUUUGUAGGGUUGACUGCAACACUCUGGAAAUCUUAGAGCAGCAUAAGAAUGGAAAGCGACAUAAAAAGAAUUUGCAAAAACACGAGGAGUUGCAGAGACUCAACAAAGUCAUAACUGGACAGCAGAAUGUGCAAAUGCCCAAUUCUGAAUUGCAACCUGAAGUUGUUGUUCAGUCUGAAAAAGUUGAGGAAAAUGAGGGAAAGCAAACCCCUCCUGAAAAUCUAACCUCUGAAGCUGUUACUGGUGACAAUAGAAAUGAAACGGAGCAGCAGAAAGAUGUGGUAGGGAAUUCUGAAGUUUUGGCAGAACCAGAGAAGAAGCCCAAGGAUCAAUUUGCAGUUCAGGGACGUGGUCUCAAGCGAAACAUGAGAGGAGGCCGAGGAGGUAAGUAUAUGAGAACUUAUGAAGGAGCAAGAAGGCCAGUAAAGACCUCCAAACCAAAACAGGCGAUUCCUUUAAUGUGUGAGCUGUGCAAUGUCAAGUGUGACUCGCAGGUUGUUUUUGAUAGUCAUUUGACUGGUAAAAAACACCUAGCAAAUCUUAAGCGGUUUCACGGUCACUGUGCUUUGUAUGGAGAAAUAGGGCUUCAAGCACUUUACCCGCCUAACCUUAAUGUUCCUCCAGCACACCAACAAGCAGGGCUUCAAUCAGUCUACCCACCCAACUUUAAUGCUCCAUCGACUUCCGGAAAUCCACUAGUCCAACAACAAGGCAUUAACGACCCCCAAGUCCUUUUGGCUCAGUUGUUGAUGACUUACGUGCUCUCUCAGGCCCAAGCACAACCACCAGUGAUGGUACCAGCAGCAACCACAUUGGAGCCACCUCCGUCAACAGGAUCAGCUCUUGAAAAUGAGUAUCAACCAGGUUUAGAGACUCAAGGAUCAGGAGGUAUAUCUGAAGCUGGAAUCCACAAUGCUGAUGCAAUUGAAGCCAAAGUUCAGCCUCAACUCAUCAGCAGAGAGUCUGAAACUUCAUCUUCUGUGAGUGCUGACGCUGAUUGUUUAGAUUGAACCAUAUCUGAUACUGGAAUCAACAUUAGUGUCUAGUUGCUUUCUUUAGAAUUUAGACUGAACCAUAUCUGAUACUGGAAACUAUGUUGAGCUCUUGGCGAUAAACAUCUAAUGUGUGUUCUCGAUUACUGUCUUUGAAUCUUAUUAUUUCCAGAAGCUGCCAUGAAAUUUUUUUUUUCUUUUAAA